UUUACCCAGGGCUGGCCUUCAGCAUUGCUUGCAGAGUGGCAAUGGCCGUGAUUUUCCUUCAGAGACGCCUCAGCACAGGAAUCUCGAUGCUGAAAGAGAUGAAGGCCCUGAGAAGAGAGAGGCUCUUCAUGAUCUUCUGCUUGAUGAGCCUCACUGCUCUCGCUGGUGCCUGGUGCGGGACCUCGCUGCUCACGUGGGGGCUGUGUGGAAAGAAUGCGCCACAGGGGCAGCCUGCAGCUGAGCUGAGAUCCCAGCGGAACACACCUGACCUGUGGAAAGGACAAGCUGGAGAGAUGCAGCAGCUGAGGGGUGACGUGGCACGCCUGGCUGCAGAAAUCGGCGCUAUAAAGAAGGAAGUUCAGCAAAUGAGAGAGGCAAUGUCUGACCCCAUGGAGGUGUCUGACUGGGCUCUCAAAAGUGCAGGGACUGCCAUCGACCUGCAGAGAUCAUCCAGCACCUCUGCAUGGUUCAGACGGGUGUUUUGCUUCCUGUGUGCUCCACCCGUUGAGGAUACCUUUGUGCAGCCGGAUGCUUCCCCAGGAUCCUGCUGGCCUUUGCAACAGUCUCGGAGCGAGGUGCUAAUCCGAUUGCCCACAGAAGUACAACCAACGGCCAUCACCUUACAGCACUCGUCAAAGAUAGCCACUCCACUGGGGACUGUCAGGAGCGCGCCCCAAAAUUUCACUGUCUCUGGACUGGAUGAGGAAGGCCAGGACGAAACUCUGCUGGGGUCGUUCAUCUACAGCGUGCAGAAAGAGCCGACUCAGAGCUUCCCUCUGCAGAAUGGCAUCCCCAGAGCCUUUCGGGUUUUGAAACUUGGCAUACAGAGCAACUGGGGAAACCCAAGACACGCCUGCAUUUAUCGAGUGCAGGUGCAUGGGAAGAUGGUGGGGACAAAUGUGGUGGGAAAGACUUACAUGGAGACCUUCCCUCGAUAAGAAUUAAAGAGGAAAAUGGAGGAA